ACGUGAGUACGUGAUCGCGGGCCGGUACCUCCACACCUCACAGCACCAGCACGGCAGAACCCAUCGCCGCCCGCCCGACGCGGCACGGCAGGGGCAGGCAAUAACAAGCGUCGCGCACGGGACGCGACACCGUAUCGCGUCGCUUUGGAUGCGACUUGACCCCCGGACGCGGCUCCCGUCCCGAGACCUGAGAAGAAAGUCGAGAGGGGAGGGAUGCCCGUGCCCCGGUGAGGUGAGGUCGCGCGAGCGCGGCUUCUUCGGUUCGGGGAACGCGAGACUCCACUGCGGGCUCGGCAAUGGCGGCGGCGGACGCGACGACGGCGAUGACCAUCGACUUCCUCCGCGCGCGCCUCCUCUCCGAGCGCUCCGUCUCCCGCGCCGCCAAGGAGCGCGCCGACCACCUCGCCAGGCGGGUCGCGGAGCUGGAGGAGCAGCUCCGCACGGUGACGGCGCAGCGGCGCAAGGCGGAGCGGGCGGCCGCGGAGGUGCUCGCCAUCCUCGACUCCCAGGGCUUCGGCCGCCUCUCCGACGCCGCGGGCGACUCGGGCUCGGGCUCGGAGGACGAGGUUGACGCGGGCGACCCUGAUGCCGCCGAGAGGGACCGCGGCGGCGGGAAUGAGGCGGAGGACGCGCUGUCGGGAUCGGAGCUGGGAGCCCAGGCGGCUGCUGCUGCUGCUCGGGCCGGGGGGCUCUCUUGGAAAGGCCGCGCCGGGAGCCACGACUGCGAGCGGCGGCAGCCGCUGCAGCAGCAGAAGGGCAGGCAGCUCAGGCAGAGGCACGGCCAUAGCCAUAGGAGGGGCUACUUCUACUCGCGCGCCGCGGAUUCGUCGCCCAAGUACCAUCCGGGGCAGUCGUGCCGGAAGAUCAUGAGGAAGGAGCUGAGAUCUCAGACGGAAGGCCAGGAGGGGAAGAACAUUGCUGCGGAGGGUGUGAAGGACGGGCAGGAGAGAUCAGAUUGUACCGUUUGUACUGACGAGCAGCCUGAUUUUGAUGGCGAGGCGAGGCACGAUGGGCGUGGCUCUUCUGGCAAUAGAGGAUUGAAUGAUGAUGGUGAUCGGUUUGCCAUGGUGUAUGAGAAGGAUGGGGAGAUGGAGAGGGUGCUCGAGAAGCAGGCUGAGCUAAUUGGGCAGUAUGAGGCUGAAGAAAAUGCUCAGAGGGAGUGGGAGAAGAAAUUCAGCGAGAGUCGAGAUUCAACAACGGAUAAUGUUAACUUAAACAACAAGCUAAAUCAGGCUGAAAAUGCUAGCGGGAGGAUGGAAACUGCUCAGAUUGUGGAUAAAGAAAUGGUUUGCGAACAUGCAAGAUCAAGUGAGGAUUAUCACAAUCCCUCUGAAUUUCGACCAAAGGGCUCUGUUUUAGAAUUGCCCCCAAAUGUAGCCAAAGAUAGUGUUAUUGAGCAGCGUAAAGCUGAUGGGUCUGAUCAUGAUUUUGUAGUGGGCACUGCGAUAGUUGCCUCAAGCCAUGGUGAAUUGCAGGUUAGGAAGAAUGUGCUUACGACUAAGAGCUAUCUUGAAGGAAGUGGUAAUAAUCUUGGGAAAUCAGUUCUCCCUCCACAAGCAAGCUGUGAUAGCAUCCUAAAUGCAAGAUAUGACAAAGGUCAAGGAGAUGAAAAUUCAGACAGUGGUUCAAGCUACCGUGUGAAUGCUCGCUCUUUUGAGCGCUAUGUAAAUACAUCAUCAGUUGGGAGCCCACUAAGUGAUACCCCUAAAAGUGAAGUCUCAGAAUGGAGCUCCUCGUGCUUUCAUAACCACACUGAGAACCAGCUUGAUACUCGGCUUCAUCAACCAUCAAGCGAUGAUGUUGGAGGGGUGCUAGAGGCCCUUCAACGUGCCAGGAUGUCUCUCAGAGCAAAGCUGAGCCAGCCAAGUCCAGCCAGCCAGAAUAUAUUGGCACUUCCAGCACCGAAUCAUUUGCCAGCCAAUGGCAUGCAACUUUCACUCAGCAGGUCAAACCCUCUCGGCCAGGAGGUAUUGGCACUACAAGCACCAGCAGGCUACUUUAACAGGGUCCUACCACAAGGCAAUGUGAAAGUACCCGCAGGCCCUGCUGGUUUGUUUCGUUUGCCAACAGAUUCGAUUCCUAGAAAUGAGAUGGCCUCAAGUGAUGGCUAUGGUUCAAGGUUCAGUUUGACAGCGGCAAAUGAACUACACGUAUUGACAAGCUACCCUGCUAAUCAUAUCAUGUCAGCUCCAUCUUUUUCGCAAUAUGGUUCUGAGUUGUCACCAGAUCCAUAUCAUGAUCCUCAUAGUUCCAUGUUGCUAUCCAUGCCUACUUCUGGUGGGUAUAACAUCACUGCGCCGGAUUUCAGAAUGGGGAGUGGUUCUUUUCUCCCCGAAGUUUCGAGGUUUAGCAAUGAUUUUAGAAGGGUAAUACCUUCUGGAAAUGCUGGCAUGCACUUCCAGUAUGGUCAUGGUUAGAUCUUAAAUAAGUUCUGUUGUACCUUUGCAUGCUUUGAACCCUACGUUGUGUCGAGUUAGAUGCCAUUUGUUGCAUCAAUUUUGGCCCUAGGUUUGGAUACUAGUAUCUGAGAACAAGUUCUGUUUAUAAGCAGUAUCCAUGUUUGAAUUCCUCUGUUCUAUGUCAUAAUGACAAAUUGAAAAGCUACUAGUAUUUCAGUAAAGCUAAAUAUCUGAAAUCAACAAUGCCCUAUGAACAAGAAUUUCCUCAAGAGUUGUAUAUGAAGGAUACAGGCAAAGUUGCCAGCCCUA